CUUUCUUAACAUACUAUCCCCACAUACCAUAUUUACUCUAACACUUUAAUAUAUUCAUUACCUUUUUUGUUUACCACUUUCCUCUCAUAUAAUAUUUAUAAUAUAUAUCAUAUAUAAAAAUGUCUAGUGAGGGUAAUAUUAUUCUUAUGGUGCAUUGGAAUGGUUCUACAUCUCAAAGAGAUGAUGAAAUAGAGUACUCCAUACCUCCUAGAGCUGUACUAUUCAUUAGUGAAGGAGAUGAUUAUACUACUAUACAUGAAAAUGUUCUCAAUCAUGUUAUUCGUGAUGGAUUUUCCGAAAUUAAAUUAAUUUACGGAAAAUUGCCGAAAUAUAAGAAUUCGGUAUAUGUUGCUUCUAGAUUAUGGCCCAUUCAUGAUGAGCGAACAUGGCGGCAUUUUUUCCGGAUCGCCACAAAUGAGUAUGAGGAGUUGCACAUUUACGUGGAAGCUUCAGCGACCCCGCCACAAAAUUUGACGUUCCACGAAACUCAUGGAGUGGAAGGCCCAUCAUCAAGUCGGAGGAACAACCGCCAAUCGUUUCAGAACCACGAAACUCCCGAUUCGGGUGAAGAGUCUGAUGACCCAGACUAUGAACAAGGUUUUUGUAGUGAUGUCGAUACAACCACGACGGAUGGUAAUGACGAGACAGUAGACCCCACCUGGGCAAAUGUAGAGCUAGAAGAACCAUAUGUGCUUGAUUCUGAGCCUCAAAGGAUCGAAGUCGGCGCAAUUUACCCUUCAUUUGAUGCACUGAAAGAAGCGGUGGCGAGAGAAAACAUUCGUCAAUUUCGUCAAUUCCAAUCGGUUGACAAAAGGGCACGGUCUUGGAAGGCGGUUUGCAUUUACCCGACUCUUUGCACUUGGCAUAUCCAAGCAGCAGAAGGUAUGAAUUCCACAAAAUGGAAAGUUAAAAAAUAUCAACCCCAUCACAGUUGCAGGGAGGAUCCUGUCACAUUUCGGGAUGAUAAGAUCCUAACGGCCAAACUCAUAGCGAGUGAAAUCGCUCCGAAAGUUAAAGUUGACCCGGACUACAGCAUUAAACUCAUAAUGUCAGACAUAUAUGAAAAAUUUAAUAUCCGUGUUUCAUAUAAAAAAGCUUGGAAUGGACGGUUGAUCGCUCUGGAGCGUAAAUUCGGCAAUUGGGAGGCCUCGUAUAAUGAACUUCCUAUGUUGUUGGAAGCUAUACAGUUUUCAAAUCCGGGGACGGUUGUUCAUUUGCAAUCACAACUACAGGUCGGCGUUCCUGAUACGUCUGAAUUCCGUCGAGUGUUCUGGUCAUUCAAAGCUUCUAUUGACGGAUUCAGAUUUUGCUUACCUGUAGUCUCGGUUGAUG